UGGAAACACAAAACACUCAGUCAUUAAUUGACUCUUGAUCAUUUAACUUUAUCGAAAACAGUGUAUAACGGAAAGGAAGUAAAGUGGAAAAAAAGGAUCUUUAAAAAGAAUCCUAGUGUUAAAUUUAUUAUUUUAAUUUAUUUCUUUUUUCAAAAAACAAAAACUAAAUGUUAGUGCAAGCCACCAGAGCUUUUCUAACAACAAUUUCAAUGUCGAAUAAUUCACCAAUAUUACGUUUACCAGACCUGAUUUAAACAGGCAAGAAAAGUGUAAUAAAAUCAAAAAUAAUUUUUUGUAAAUUAUAAAAUUAAUAGAAAAAAUCUAUUAAUUAACUACAAACAUACAAACAAACGCAACAAAAAAAGACUUUUAUAAGCAAGCAAAUUAAAACAAAAACAAAGAAAGACAACUAAAUAAAAUUUGUGAAAAUCAAACAAAUUGCAUUGAAAAAAAUAAAACGCAAAAAUACUUGAAUUUUGAGUUUAUAUUAUAUUAAACGUAAAAAGCAUUAGGCAGAAAGACAGACAGGCAGGCCGACAGAUCGACAGAUAUUUGUAAAGAAAAACAGAAGAAGAAGAAACAAAAAAAAAGAGAACUUGUGCUGCUUAACAAUUGAAAACAACCAACGAGAUAAUUGGAUAUUGGGGCUUUGGCCGUUGUAUGGAGCUAUCUAAACAACCAUUGAGUUUUGGAGACGAGCCGGACCUGUUCACAAGAGCACAGGGCCGGAAUAGUCUGCAUUUUAUAAGCGGCAUUGCAGCUGCUAAUACAGCUGCACCCACGACGACAACAACAACUUCAAUUCCAUUACUUAACGCAUCAACGGGCAAAAUUAAUUUAGAAACUUCUAUCAAUGAUUGCGAAACCGGCUAUGUGCCAACGGUUGGCCGUUGGGGCGCUGAAUGGCCAAGUUGACUCGCCGAAGCAGUGUCACAUCACCAAGGCGCCACCGCCGUUGGCGCCAACCAUGGUUUAUCGGCGGGAUCGGUACGGGUUGGAUUGACUACAGCCAUCGAUUCUGAACAAGAUAAACCGAAAAUAUUGCAUUGCAUUGAUGCUGCCGGCAAACUAUGCAGCAAUGGUCAAUUGCAAAAUAACAGUGACAGCACAACCGAUGAUGACGAUGAUGAUGAUUAUGAGGAUGAUGAUGAUGAAGAUGAUAACGACUUGGCUUUUGGUGGGGCUGGCAAGGAACAACUUAACACUGAAACUGUUAAGGUGGCUGAGCCAAAAGACAUCAAUUUGACAUCAAAUCCCUCAUCGGAACGUUGCAUUAGCGUCAACAAGUUGUUGGAAGAGCAACAUCGCAGAUGGUGGGGUAGAUUAUUUGGGGGUAGCGCUCCCAAUGCUGAGGAAACAUGCGGCCGCUUGUGGCAGGGUGAUGGUUAUAAUAUGUCAGCGUUCAAUCAAACCAAUGGCAAUUGGCCUUUGGGUCAUCCCUUGCCAUUGCCCGAUUGGUUGCCUUACGACGAAGAGGAUCAUCAAAAGGGUAUUCUGCAUUUGGAUUCAGUUUGGCAAUUUGAAGAUCUUAGCGCUAUAAUCGAAAGCAAACUACAGCCCAUGCUAGAUGAGACACACUACGAUACGGUACAUUUGUUUGUAGAUUUCUAUAAAGCCUUCAAACGUACACGUCGCUCCGAUUUAAAAUCGUUCUAUCAAUUCUACGAUAUACCCAUAAAUCGCCGUCAUCAUAUGUGUGUUUCUUUGGCCAUGGAAAUAAUGUCACGUAUUGUGGAAAUUUUCCCUAUUUUGGAACAUUAUUUAUAUAUUGUAUCGUGUGAGGAGCAGGUUAUAUCGUUAAGAGAUUAUAUCGAGACGAGUGAAGAGUUGGGCGGUCUUAAUUCUCCAUUGGCUAAUGUAGAAAAGGAACAUGCUAUGGUGGCUAUGAAAUUAAAUAUAGCCGGACGUAAUGGUGUUAUAAUCUUGGAUCCGGGUUAUCAUGUGGCCCGAUGUGUAACCGUAAUGGAGGAUCAAAUGUAUCCUCAUACAGGCUGGUUCACCCAAUCCAAGGAACAACAUUUGCAGCGUGAUUAUUGCUAUGUUUAUAGCCAACAGAAUCACAAAUAUGUCGAAUGGAAAGAGCGUGAAAUAAGAGGAGAUCAAGCUACCUAUAAAACAUCAUUGGUAUAUGUAGAUCAGCCCUAUGUCACCGCCGUCGAUGUAACGGUUCGACGUAAUUUGGUUUAUAACUUUAGAUCAUUGCUAUCACGCGAUGCCAAGGGCAGAGUAUUGGCUGGCAUCUAUUUGCCCGUCUUGCAAAAUGCAAAUGAAGCUCAUUUUACUCUCUUCUAUGAGGGCAAUAAUAUGGAACAAAGGGUCAAGGUUAAAUUUAUGUUUAACAUAUUCAAAAAUCCCAAUAAGUUACCCGAUCAAGUUCAACAACAUUUGGAGAAAUUGUCACCACAGCUGAAUAUGCCAUUGAAGGAGCUCACUCAACUUUUAGGCUCCUUAGCCGAGGCAAUAAUGGAUCAAGAUUUCAUUACACAAGUUUUAAACAUUAACGAUGAUAUUGGCAAUAUGUCAGCGGAAAAUUGACAAUCAACCGAUUCGAGCAAAUCCUCUAAACCCUUAGAAGCAAAAGAGCAAACCGCAACAACUGCAACAUCUACCCAAAAUCUGGAGCUUAAUGUCGAAAAGGAAAAAGAUAAACUUUAAAAUUUUAUUAAAACUAUAAUAAUAAAUAUAUAUAAUAACAAUUUAAAUAAAAUAUAUACAAUAGAA